UGCGGAACUGCUGUGGAUGCUCCAGAUGGACAGGACGCGGAGUAGCGGGGGGGAUUAACCACGGCGUUUUUGUGUCCCCGGUGAUUAUCGUGGAAAAAUGUCCAGUAUUUUGCACGCAACGUCCAAAGCAAAAUGGAACCGGUCGGCGGCUGCGAAGCGGGCUGUCCUCUUGGUGGCCGCUGCGUACGGAGCGAAAGCUCUGUACCCCAUCAUCUGCAGACGGAUCCGCGGGAGGAAAGACCCCCGGAGCCCCGCCGCCGCACCGGUAGAGGGAAACGGCUCGCUGCUACCGCCCUCUGCCACCCCUUGCGCCCGGUCCCCCGCCGUGAACGCAGAAUUCUUCCGGCAGAUCGCCGAACUAGUGCGGAUCCUCUUCCCCCGGCUGCUCGCCAAGGAGGUCGGGCUGCUCUGUCUGCAUUCGGUGGCCCUGGUCUCUCGGACCUUCCUCUCCAUCUACGUGGCCGGCCUGGACGGUCAGAUCGUGAAAACCAUCGUGGAGAAGCGGCCACGCAGCUUCGCGCUGAAACUGAUGCGCUGGCUGCUGGUCGCCAUCCCGGCCACCUUCGUGAACAGCGCCAUCCGUUACCUGGAAUGCAGGCUGGCGUUGGCUUUCCGGACCCGGCUGGUGGACCAUGCCUACAGGACCUACUUCACGGACCAGACCUACUACCGGGUCAGUAACAUGGACAGCCGGCUGGCGAACCCGGACCAGUCUCUCACCGAGGACAUCAUGGUAUUCUCUCAAUCGGUGGCGCAUCUCUAUUCGAAUCUGACCAAGCCCAUCCUGGACGUACUGCUCACCUCCUACACGCUGAUCCAGACGGCCCGGUCCCGGGGCGCCAGCGCCAGCGGACCCACCCUGCUGGCCGGGCUGGUGGUGUUCGUUACUGCCAAGGUACUGCGGGCUUGCUCGCCGAGGUUCGGGCGGCUGGUGGCGGAGGAGGCGCACCGACGGGGACACCUGCGCUACGUGCAUUCGCGCAUCAUCGCCAACGCCGAGGAGAUCGCCUUCUACCGGGGCCACGCGGUGGAGAUGAAGCAGCUGCAGAAGUGUUACAAAGCCCUAGAGGAGCAGAUGAAACUCAUCCUGUCCAAGCGCCUGUGGUACAUCAUGGUGGAGCAGUUCCUCAUGAAGUACGUAUGGAGUGGCAGUGGAUUGGUCAUGGUGGCCGUGCCCAUCAUCACAGCCACCGGCUUCGCCGAUAGCGAGCUUGCCGACGGCCAGACCCAGGUGCUGGUGAGCGAGCGGACCGAGGCGUUCACAACGGCACGCAACCUGCUGGCGUCCGGCGCCGAUGCUAUCGAGAGGAUCAUGUCUUCCUACAAGGAGGUGACAGAGCUAGCCGGCUACACGGCCCGCGUGCACAAUAUGUUUGCUGUGUUCGACGAGGUGCAGCAAGGCAUGUACAAGCGGGCGGCGGUGUCCCAGGCGGGGGAGGGCGAGAAGAGCCCCGGGUCCAUGCACAUCGACGGCCCUUUGGAGAUUACAGGGAGAGUCGUCGACGUGGAGAAAGGUAUAACAUGUGAAAGUGUCCCCAUAAUUACUCCCAACGGGGAUGUCGUGGUGUCCAGCCUGAACUUCAAGGUAGAGGAGGGGAUGCACCUGCUGAUUACAGGCCCUAACGGCUGUGGAAAGAGCUCUCUCUUCCGCAUCCUCAGUGGGCUGUGGCCAGUGUACAAUGGCCUCCUGUACAAGCCAUCCCCCGAGCACAUGUUCUACAUCCCUCAGAGACCAUAUAUGUCCCUCGGAACCCUGCGAGACCAGGUCAUCUACCCCGACACGGUGGAGGACAUGCACACCAAAGGCUACAGCGACUCAGACCUGGAGCUCAUCCUGGACAUAGUCAACCUCAACCACAUUGUCACCCGUGAAGGAGGUUGGGAUGCAGAGAUGGACUGGAAGGACGUUCUCUCCGGGGGAGAGAAGCAAAGGAUGGGGAUGGCCCGCAUGUUCUACCACAAGCCAAAGUACGCCCUGCUGGAUGAAUGCACGAGUGCUAUCAGCAUCGACGUGGAGGGGAAGAUUUUCCAGGCUGCAAAGGAUGCUGGGAUCUCACUGCUGUCGAUUACCCACAGACCUUCUCUCUGGAGGUACCACACGCACCUGCUGCAGUUCGACGGCGAGGGGGGCUGGCGUUUCGAGCAGCUGGACACGGCCACCCGGCUGUCGCUGACCGAGGAGAAGCAGCGGCUGGAAUCACAGCUGGCCGGAAUUCCCAAAAUGCAGCACAGACUGAACGAGCUCUGCAAGAUCCUGGGAGAGGAUUCGGUCCUGAAGACGGCUCCGUCCGCCGAGUGACGGGCGGAGGAGUGCGGCGCGGCGGCCCAGCAUGCUCCAUCCUAACGCUUUUAGGGAAGUGGAAUCAGGGAUUUCAGGGAAAACACUCUUAGGAUUUUAAAUUGUGAAUGUGAUCGUUGGACAUGCUGAGAGUGACUGGCCUGUUUGUCCCUCUCACCCAUCUAACCUGUCCUCUUGAUGACUGAUACUUGGACCGGAGGUUGCGGUAUGAGCCUCGUUCACGCGUUCCUUUCAUUUAUGUUCCCUUUAUACUGCUUGGUAAUAAUGUCUCAGACGCUGACUCCAUCGUCUGGGCUCUAUGAUCCUGAAACACCGUGUCGUCUCUGAGCAGUGACCCGCUUGGAGUGUCAGCGUGUCAACAGACCCAUUACAAGUGAGGAUAGAAGGAGCACGAAACAGACGCGCGUGGUCAGGAGCAUUCUCCAGUGACACGGUGAGGGCCAGAAGGUCACUUCACCUGAAGAGCUGCUCUCCCUUUAGACUAGCUAGCCUGCGCCCUGAAAGCUCCAAUCUGAUAGGUCCCUUUUAUAAUGUGUCUAAUAUACAGUCCCAUCUGAUAGGUCACUUUCAUGACAUAUCUACCAUACAGUCUCAUUUGAUAGGUCACUUUCAUAAUACAGUCCUGUCUGAUAGGUCACAAUGAUGAUCUAUCCACCUUACAGUCUCGUUUGACAUGUCCAGGACACAUCCACUGUGAAUUCAAAUAAUGUGACCAGUUGAUUAGGUACACCUGCUCCUUAAUGCGAACAGCUUGCUCCUUCCAAACAGCCGAUCAUGUGGCCGCAGCUGAAUACACACAGCACACAGACAGGGUUUGUCUGGCUAAGCAUUACGACAGCUAGGAUGCCGGACCUAGGCGAUCGUGCUCAUGGCGUGACUGUUGAUGUACAAUCGAAACAGCAACCUUCCUGGGAUUUUUACGCACCACAGUGUCCAGAGUUUACAGAGGAUGGUGCAAUAAAGAAAAAAACUCCCAAUCAGGGACAUGAACAGCGUGUUAAUCAGAGAGGUCAGAGGGGAACAGCCAGACUCGUUAAAAGCCUACAGGAAAACCACAAGGGAAAAAAUAAACAACUGAGUAGGACAGUGACGAACGGAAAAGCAUCCAUGACCACACGAUCCGCCAAGACUUGAAGUGGUUCUGGAGAAAAGGGACGUUGUACCAGGUACCAGCUAGAUGUCCCUAAUGAAGCGGCACGGUAUGGGUCACAUGGUACAACGCCACACCCCCAAGCCCCUUAAUUAGCGAACGUCAGCAGGUGCUAAUCUCUGUUUCAGCUGCUCCACCUGAUGUCAUGUUUACAGGCCUGUGUUCUUGAGAAUGAGGAAAGCGGACCCUUUUCUGUGAUGCAGUCAGCGGGCAACUUCGCCCAUUUAAUGUUCAUCCCUCAUGCCCUCCUACAAAUUCAGAUUUGUCCCACAGUAGGUCAUAGUCUCGAUGUCGCACAACACGGAACUCACUGUUGAUUUUUAGCAUGUUAGCUAUCUUUGUGGUUCACUGUUGCAAGUCUUGUACAGUUCCUCUUUUGAAUUAGAAACUAGCUUUUAAGAUACUGCCAAACCAUAUUCUUCCUGUUUCGAAUAUGCAGUUUUGUGUAUUUUAAUCGUGAUAGCUGUCUAUCAUGUAAGAUCCAGAAUAAACCCGUUUUUUUUUUUUUUUGGAAUGUUUAAGCAUUUACAUCAUCUCAGACUGUGAGACUGAAAAUGUGAUCAUUUCAUGUUACUGUUGAAUGAGAAUUUUUAUUACUGGAAAAAAAAGUUGUUCACGUAACAAAAGAAUUUUAGAAUAGUUUGCUUGAAUGAAGCAAUGUGAAUGUUUAGAAAGACCAGCUACCCUCCUGUCCCGCACUGUAGGGUGUUCAGUGAGGUCAUUUGGCCUCCUGUCCCUCACUGUAGGAUGUUCAGUGAGGUCACUGGGCCUCCUGUCCCACACCGUAGGAUGUUCAGUGAGAUCAUUUGACCUCCUGUCCCACACCGUAGGGUGUUCAGUGAGGUCACUGGGCCUCCUGUCCCGCACUGUAGGGUGCUCAGUGAGGUCACUGGGCCUCCUGUCCCGCACCGUAAUAUGUUCAGUGAGAUCACUGGGCCUCCUGUCCCACACCGUAGGAUGUUCAGUGAGGUCACUGGGCCUCCUGUCCCGCACCGUAGGGUGUUCAGUGACGUCAUUUGGCCUCCUGUCCCGCACCGUAGGAUGUUCAGUGAGGUCACUGGGCCUCCUGUCCCGCACAGUAAGAUGUUCAGUGACGUCAUUUGGCCUCCUGUCCCGCACCGUAGGAUGUUCAGUGAGGUCACUGGGCCUCCUGUCCUGCACCGUAGGAUGGUCAGUGAGGUCAUUUGGCCUCCUGUCCCUCACCGUAGGAUGUUCAGUGAGAUCAUUAGGCCUCCUGUCCCACACCGUAGGGUGUUCAGUGAGGUCACUGGGCCUCCUGUCCCGCACUGUAGGGUGUUCAGUGAGGUCAUUUGGCCUCCUGUCCCGCACCGUAGGGUGUUCAGUGAGAUCAUUUGGCCUCCUGUCCCACACCGUAGGGUGUUCAGUGAGGUCACUGGGCCUCCUGUCCCGCACCGUAGGAUGUUCAGUGAGAUCAUUUGACCUCCUGUCCCACACCGUAGGGUGUUCAGUGAGGUCACUGGGCCUCCUGUCCCGCACUGUAGGGUGCUCAGUGAGGUCACUGGGCCUCCUGUCCCGCACCGUAAUAUGUUCAGUGAGAUCACUGGGCCUCCUGUCCCACACCGUAGGAUGUUCAGUGAGGUCACUGGGCCUCCUGUCCCGCACCGUAGAAUGUUCAGUGAGGUCACUGGGCCUCCUGUCCUGCACCGUUGGGUGUUCAGUGAGGUCACUGGGCCUCCUGUCCCGCACAGUAAGAUGUUCAAUGAGGUCAUUUGGCCUCCUGUCCCUCACCGUAGGAUGUUCAGUGAGGUCACUGGGCCUCCUGUCCCGCACCAUAGGGUGUUCAGUGAGGUCACUGGGCCUCCUGUCCCGCACAGUAAGAUGUGCAGUGAGGUCAUCUACAAUCCUGGACCAACGUUUACUAGCUAAAAGGUGCUGAAUUGUUGUGACAGUAGAGAAACACUGGAAACAGCUCCCUGACUUCUGUUACCCACUAGUUUUGCCCAGUAUGGGGCCCCCAGCUGUCGUGGGGCCCCCAUCUUCCCCCCCCCCCCGCUUCAUUCAGCAGAUUGCUGUCAGGGUGACGCCAAGCGGGAGAUUGGCUCUUUCGCACGCUGACUGACAGAGUCAUGCUUAUAGUCUGUACUGUAUAUGAAAGAGUCUCACUGCUUCUCACUAUAGGAAAAGUAGCCGCUGUCAGCCGCCAUGAACAAUCUCAGACACAGCUGUCACUCUUCACAGGCAUCUCUUCACGUUUUACCUUGAUACAGUCACAUCAAAAAGGACAUAAAAAACAUUUAUUAAGGUUUAGCCUGAAUGUGAAACUGCAUCGGGGACUGAUAUAUGUGUAAAUAUUGCUUUGCCAUGAUUUUUGAAUAAAUGCAAGAGACAAUAUGGUUAUUUCUGAAAAUCUGCAGCAGGAAUUCUGUCUUGGGGGGUGCUUUGGGUUGGGGGGGGGCAUGUAAAGAUUGGUAAUGCUGAUAAAUGUCAUUAAACUCUUGGUGGAUGUUAAAGAAA